AGUAGGACCGGGGCCGUACAGCCCACUGCAGCCGCGGUAGGCUACUUCCGUUCCGCAGAGAGCGACAGGCACCAGCCAGCCUAGACUGUGGCGGAGGUCCAGACACAAUAGACUGGGUUCCGGCUCUUCUCCAAUCCAAACCGGUAUGUCGGAUGAGGAUUCCCGUGCAAGCACCAGCUCUUCUUCAUCGCCGCCUUCCUCCAGCCAAAACAGACAGAGGGACACACUUUGCAAAAAGAAACGGGAGAGCAAAGCCAGCAUGAGCAAGACCUCCAAGCUGCUUUCCACCAGCGCCAAAAGGAUUCAGAAAGAGCUGGCUGAUAUUACACUGGACCCUCCGCCAAACUGCAGUGCUGGCCCUAAAGGAGAUAACAUCUAUGAGUGGAGGUCGACCAUCCUGGGACCACCGGGCUCCGUGUACGAGGGAGGCGUCUUCUUCCUGGACAUCGCCUUCACACCCGACUACCCCUUCAAACCCCCCAAGGUAACUUUUCGUACGAGGAUCUAUCACUGCAACAUCAACAGUCAGGGGGUGAUCUGUCUGGACAUCCUGAAGGACAACUGGAGCCCCGCCCUCACCAUCUCCAAGGUGCUGCUGUCCAUCUGCUCCCUGCUCACAGACUGUAACCCAGCCGACCCCCUGGUGGGAAGCAUCGCCACCCAGUACACGACUAACAGAGUGGAACAUGACCGAACAGCCAAACAGUGGACGAAACGAUACGCCACAUAAACCCACAGAGGACGGCAGUGGGGGGAGGAGGAGGAGGAGGGGUGGGGGGCUCCGGGUGGUUUGUGUUGGGCGGGUUAUUUCUAUCUCAGAUUUUUAGUACUUUAUUGUCUGGUAUAUUUUUUGCUUCCUGAUUAAGUUAUCUUCACAAAUAUGGUAAUAAAGGAACACAAUGGAAAGGAA